CCCCGCCUCCUCGGGUUGUGCUUAAAAGGCCUAGGUUGGCGAGGAGACCGCGCCCCCCUCACCUCAACCAUGAGCAGCAAGGAGCUCACGGAGGCUCCUGAGGAGCGCAGUUUCCUCAGCGCGGCAGAAGCAGCCGCCCUGGAGCGGGAGCUGCUGGAAGAUUACCGCUUCGGGCGGCUGCAGCUGUUGGAGCUGUGCGGACACGCUAGUGCCGUGGCUGUGACUAAGGUGUUCCCUUUGCCUGCCCUCUCGCGGAAGCAGAGGACCGUGCUGGUUGUGUGUGGCCCGGAGCACAACGGGGCUGUGGGGCUGGUCUGUGCUCGGCACCUGCGGGUGUUUGAGUACGAGCCCACCAUCUUCUACCCCAUGCGCUCUCCGGAUCUGCUGCACCGGGACCUGACCACGCAGUGUGAGAAGAUGGACAUCCCCUUCCUGUCCUACCUGCCCACCGAGGUUCAGCUCAUCAACGACGCUUAUGGGCUGGUGGUGGACGCUGUGCUCGGCCCUGGCGUGGAGCCCGCUGCGGUCGGGGGGCCCUGCACCCGCGCGUUGGCCAUACUGAAGCUCCUGUCCAUCCCCCUCGUGAGCCUGGACAUCCCCUCAGGCUGGGACGCCGAGACCGGCGGCGGGGACGCCGAGGACGGGCUGCAGCCGGACGUGCUGGUUUCGCUGGCGGCCCCCAAGCGCUGCGCCGGCCGCUUCUCUGGGCGCCACCACUUCGUGGCGGGCAGGUUCGUGCCCGACGACGUGCGCCGCAAGUUUGCGCUGCGCCUGCCCGGCUAUUCGGGCACCGAUUGUGUCGCGGCGCUGUGA